UUGUGUUCAUUCUCUAUGUGAUUUUGCUUCAGUAACUGAUGCCAGCACUGGGCCAUGUCUUCGGGUCUGCGGUCUUCAUAUAAAUCCAAGAAUGAAGUUCAGAUUGUUGUAGAUAAAUGGCAUCAGGUGAAUCCUUGCUGAACUAAUAUACCAUGCAGUUGAAUCAGUUUAGGUUGCUAGGAUGCUAAAUUGGAUAUAGGUAUAUAAUCUAAGUUAUCCUACCCAAUUCUUGGGUAUGGAGUUAAUUAGAAAGAGUGCACAUCGAGAUACGGGGACAGACUUCUCAUUGCUUUUGCGAACACAUACAGCAGAUUGCGGUAUUUGUGUAAUCGGAAUUCUAGUUCGUUUAUGUUACUGAGUUCUAAAUUAACAAUUUAUACAUAUUCAAUGAAUUUUUUAACACAAAUAUAGAUUUUAGACUAAAGUUACUAGGUUCAGCAUGAUUCCAAAUGUUUUGGUGGUCUCCAGAGUCUAAAAGGAGUAAAACAAACACUACUUUUGGAAAGAAAAUCAAAUAUAUACGAGAAUAUACAUCAUAAUUUAUAGAAACUAUAUUAUUUAUUUCCAUAAAAAUAACAAACGGAUAACGGUCAUCUAAUUUGCUUUGGAUGUGUAUAUAAUGGUGGCUGGGCCAAGUACAGUCAUAAAGUAGGACUAGCUCAGUUGGCUAUUUCCUCAACCAAACAUUAACCAGUCACGUCCAGCUCAUAGCUUCUGUCACUCGGGCUUAUCAACAUUUCUCUGAACAUGGCUCUCUCUGUUCUCUUUUUCCUACUCCUCGCCGCCGCUGCCACCGUUAACGCCACCGACCAUAUCGUCGGAGCUAACAAAGGCUGGAACCCUGGCAUCAACUACACCCUUUGGGCAAACAACCAAACCUUCUACGCCGGUGACUAUAUAUCAUUUAGGUAUCAGAAGUCACAGUACAAUGUGUUUUUAGUGAACAAGACUGGAUAUGAUAACUGCACAAUAGAAGGUGCACUUGGGAAUUGGACCGGCGGAAAAGACUUCAUUAUGCUGAACAAGACCCAGAGGUAUUACUUCAUUUGUGGCACUGGCGGUUGCUUUAACGGAAUGAAGGUUUCGGUGGUUGUUCAUCCUCUUCCAUCUCCUCCGAAGUCAGCCAUUUCUGCUGAGCAUUCCUCCAAAAAGUCUGCUGCUCCGGUGGCGGCGCGUGGUUUUGGGUCACUACUAGCUACGAGCUUCGGUUUAUUUGGAUUGAUAUUAUAUGAUUCAAUUUGGACCUAGCAAGUUCUGAUCUUAAUUUCUUGUUUGAGAUUGUUGUGCUACCGUAGCUCGAUUAAAUUCUCAAACUGCCACAACCACAAGUGUCAAGCGUGUAUGUCAUUUUGAUUUUUUGAUUAUGUCAUUCGUCAAUUCAAUUUUGUUCUUUUACUUUCACUUUUA